AAGCGUUGUAGGAAUACGAGUCGCUAUCCACACGAUCGCCGCUUCGUUAGAGCAUAUCGACAUCCUCUUGUUCUCUCUGGAAAUAGGUUUGUCUUGUUCCCUUUACGUGUUUUCGGUUGCGCGAUAUCAUAAAAAUGGGGUUGGGCUUUGAGAAGACUGGUUCUCGUUCGCUCUUGCCGGACCAGGAUCGUCGACGUAGGGCUCCCGAACAAAGCGUAUGGUUGCAAUGGGCAUUUCCUGCCUCGCUGGCAGUCGUAGCCCUAAUCAUUGGCCUUUCUGUUUGGUCGAAUCCAAACGACCCGGUCUUGCAAUUGUCCCCGUAUACCUACCGCGUCUUUGGCCCCGCCAACGACGUCGUUACCGAGACUUCCCAUGGGGACAUUUCCUUUCACUUUUACACGCCAUCGCAACAGCGCGACUUGUUGAUUCAGUACGGUCCCAAGUGUCAGCAAGAGUUACAGAUCCCCGUUGAUCAGGAAAGCGACAAUAUUCUGCUGAAACGUUUUGAUGAAUUGCCUCCGCAUUUCGCCGUGGAACUUUGGAAGUACUGCAUGUUGUACACGGGUGUCGGGAACCUCUACUGGGAACCGAACAACGCCAAGCCUUGGAUUUCGUGGGACGAAUGGCUGCCGUCGGUCACGACUCUCGGAGGUGACCGUACGCGUACGUCGUCUUUGGCCCUGCGCGUGGAAGACAGUGCUACCGAUACGGUCAUCCCCAAAGAGAUGAACGGGCAUUUGCAAAUUCUUCAUUCGCUCCUGUACUUGGCUCAUCCCCAAUCUCGGUUGGCUGCGGAUAUGAUGCGCAUUUUGCUGCACACUAAUGUAGCGAAUCUAGAUCCAGUGCAAAUGGCCGAGACACUGGGCUUGUACAUUGAACACGAACCCGAGAAGUGGACCCUCAUAACGGCUCGGUGCGUCUUUCUGGAAACCACCACACCUUUAAACGUGAUGGUAGAAGACAAAAUUCCCUCCAAGGGAGCAAUUCCAAAGUCCAGACGGUUGGUAAAGGCCACCAAUACCAUGACGGCAGAUGCAUUACCGCAGCGUCACUGCCCAGCUUCCCACGGAGGGUAUUGUUGUCAAGUCUGGCAGCCCGGAACUGACUGGCCCAUCAUGGCAAUUCAUCGGCCGUACAUUGCCGUCAAAGACAUUGAUAUACCAUUGCCGUACAUGGUGGCAAUCAAUGGUCAGACGCUGGACGAUGUCGGUGAGAAAGAUUUGGCUUUGAGUAAUUCCGACGUCCCUUACAUUGCCACAGUGACGUCCGUAUCGACUAGCUUACCUCCGGUCUCCAACCACGAAACGCCCAAUUUUUUUGACAUUUUAAUGGAAAACUCUUGUCUUCCAGGAACACGAGAGUGUUUCCGCUGUCUCAAGCUUGGCUUUCAUGGUGAACCCGGUGGUGGCUCGUGUGAAGCUUGCCAAAGCGUUUGUCAGUGCUUUUGCAAAGUACUGUGCAAGGUUCGCCCCCCUCCCAAACGUAUUUCUGCCGAGUGGACCGUUCGACGCCCCGUGCAGCGCAAAGAUCCAUCACGUCACAUUCCGCGGGAAAUUCACCAGACCUGGUUCGAGCCCAUUACACAAGAAUCUUACCCCAACAUGAGUCGGUUGAUUGAAUCGUUUCGACAAGCUGGAUGGACUUACCAUUUCUACGACGAUGAACUCUCUGCGCAGUUUCUUUCCGCUCAUUUCCCACCCGAAGUUCGCGAAGCCUACGAUUCUAUCACCCCCGGAGCGUUCAAAGCCGAUCUAUUUCGAUACUGUGUCUUAUUGAUUCGUGGAGGUUUAUAUGUGGAUAUGGAUAUUCUCCUCGAAUCGAAUCUGGAUAAUGUAAUCCCGCCCGAAAUUGGUUUUAUGACUCCUCAGGAUGAACCCGGUUCAUCCAUAGAUGCCCGCAGCUGUCUCUGGAACGGAUUCUUGGCUUCUGCUCCAGGACAUCCGUUUUUGGCCCGGACAAUCCAAAACGUUGUGAACAACAUCCGCAACCGCUUCACUUCUGUUGAUUACGACGACAUGUUGUGUCCGGACCCGGUUUUGUCAGUUGCACAUUCUGUCGAUGUUUUGUUUACUUGUGGGCCAUGCAUCCUCGGAUCCUCUAUAAACGAAGUGUUGGGAAAGCAUCCACAAGCAAAUUUUGAGUACGGUGAUAUUGAUCUGUAUGGGGUUGAACGUGAGAAGGCAGGGCAAUACAAGGAUGAAAAUCCUAUGUCCAGCAAUCACCGCAAGCUCGUGGUGGAUCCAGAUGAUCACAGACUACUGAUCCCAGGUCGUAGCAUCCUGUUACGGCAAAACAAGAACGAUAUGGGCGCUCAUCGGUUUACUUGGGACCAGCACAACACUGUUGUUGCGACAACGGAUCUGCCUGACUACGAUGACCGUCCGAAAUCGAAGGGCCACUACUCCGAUACGCACGAACAAUUUGGUAUUUACGGUUUACACAAACUCUACGUGGAUGAAAAACGCGCCAACGAAGUCAUCAAAAUCACUGUCCAGGCGUGAAGAAAUUGUCGUAGAAAUUUUAACAAUAGCUGGGCAACUUUACGCAAU